GGAAAACAGUUUGUGGUACAAAUGUUGCUAUGACCAUUACCAACUUAAACGAAUGUCUGUAGUCCCAGCUGUAUGAUGACCACUGUUACCAUUGACUAUAACAGUUCUGCUCAGUCAACAAGUCAAACAUCACCAAGGGCAUGUCUUUGAUGUCCUUUGAAAGCAGUAAGUUUAACCAACGUAGCUUGUACCUAGAGGCCAUGUGGGCGAUAACUAAAUAGGCAAAGCUAAGCUUCUUAUUGUAAUGUGUGUUAAUCAGCGUUGUCAUGGAGCUCUUGUGCACAACAGGCGCUGUCAAAUGUCCAACCGUUAAUCGGAAUAUGUGAGUGCACGCGAUAAUGCUAUUAGGCCCAUAAGCCAUUAAUUUAAUCAAUACGCUUAGUAAGCCGAAAUGCUUCAACUGUCUGUCAACUCGUUAACCCUGUGGUCUGAACAUGGACCUGCAGUAGAUAUGACCCGAGAGCGAGGAUUUGCGCACCUGGUUUUGGAGAGCGAUGGGACACUCAUCAACAGCGCUAAGAAAAUUACCAAUUGAGUAGAGCUAAUUCGUAUCAUGGCAACACUUCUAUGAACACAGAACUAACAGAACACUUAACCCCAAUCAGUGCUUUUAGGAAUUUAUUUAUGCCAUGCUGACAAAGUGUUGUUUUUUAUGCAAUGGCAUUUCUCCACAAUAACUGCAUGUUUAAUACAGCCACUGCAACAUAAACUGGCAUAUAAAAAAACUGUUCUAAUGGCCAUCCUGCCGCAAGAGUUAGGCCUUCCUGUAGGCUGGAGAGAUUAAACAGUGAAAAGGAAUAGUUGAAUUUAUAGAAUUCAGUGCAUAUAGAUAGGCUCAUAUGAAAUCCAUAGUCAUAAAAAGAUUUGAACAAAAAGUACUUUUCUUUUAUCAACAGUUUUUUCCGGUCUUCUUCCGUCUUUACAACCAGUCAGAAUUAGAACUGACUAAAAGCUAAAAAAAAAAAAAAGACAAAAGAAAGUUGUGGUUCACGUUGUUCCGUGUUACUUGGUAACCGUGGAGCUUUACUGAGGGAGGGAGUCCGCUUCACAACCUAGACUGGUGACUCAUAACGUUCUGACAAAGCUGGUCUGUGGGGUUACCUGUUGAUGAUUAUUCAUGGCGAAGUCAAAGUGUAAGGACAUCCACCAAACCAGCAAUCUGCCCUCCAUUUUGGAAACAUACCAGUCACCUAUUGAUGUCAAAAAGGCAGAGGAUUCAGACCAGCCUUGCCAGAGGGAUAGACUGGGCCAUGGUCGGAGCGGAGACACUGGACCUAAGGCUGGAGGUCAAGGAAGGAAGCAGGUGGGCCGGGGCUGUGGGGUCAGGGGUCAUGAUGACAAGUCUACAGUUGGGAGUGAACUGGACCAGGAGGCCAUCAUUAAACGACAGGCUCUGUUGGAUAAGCGCCAUCUAGUGGUUUACAGGUGCAUGUACCGCCUGAGAGACGGCCUGUAUCAUCGCUACUCCGCCCUGCUCAGGGAGAAGGUUCAUGCACAGAGGCUGGAGAUGCAGCGUCUUGCAGAGGCACAGGCACUCACACAGGAUAAACAUACGCAGAAACAGAGAAAGCUAACCCGUUCUACGCUCUUCCAUGACAACUCGUUCCUGAGGUCUCUUCCUAAAAGCAGCUACUACCUGAUCCAGGACGUUCAGAACCUAUUGUCUCAGCAUGGUUGUUUGAGGAGCAUACAGGACCAUGAGCAGUUGUGGCGGGCAGUUCACGACCACAAACUGAGACCAGCCCAGCUAUAUAGAAGAGUGCAGGAGAUCAGGAGGACAGUGAUUGGCUGCCAUUCUGCACCUGAUAUGAGGCAGAUGAAGAUGUUGGGACCACAUACUGAAGAGAAAGGACCCUUGGAUGAGAUUGACCUUCCAGAGAUACACCUUGGGGAGAGACUUUCAGAGAUACACCUUGGGGAGAGACAUCCAGAAAUACACCUUGAGGAAAGUCUUCCAGAGAUACACCUUGGGGAGAGACAUCCAGAGAUACACCUUGGAGAAAUGUGUGCAGCUUACCACCUCUGUGGCAAACAACAGCCAGAACAGGACGAUAUUGAGCAAAGGAUUCUCAAGGUGAAGGUUCCCAGGUUUGCUGCGCUUCAGACAAGUUUUCUGAAGAACCUUAAGACAGACACGUCUCCAGUGCAGGUCGUUGAGGCGAUCCCAGAAAAGAGUAAGAAGUCAGAGAUGGCUAUAAGAAAGCUGAGACACAUGCACACUCUGUCCCUCACCAACAUGGCCGUCUCUCAGAGGUUGCUAACGCACAGAGACAGACAUACACUGUACUGCUCCGACCAAGGGAGGAGCGUCCGAGACCUGAUGCAGCAUGUUAUUCCAAGUGUUCAUGCCGACGAAAAGAAGAGGAGGACCAAUGAUUGGAACUUUUCUACACUCCGUCCUCUGCCCCACCAUGAAUGGACCAGAAUCAGCAGUGAUUCAGAGGUCCAUAGGGUGGGCUCAGCUCUGGAGAGAACGGGUCUGGAGAGAACGGGUCUGGAGAGGCCAGGUCUGGAGAGGCCGGGUCUGGAGAGAUCAGGUCUGGAGAGAUCGGGUCUGGAAAGGUCAGAUGUGGAGAGGCUGUGUCGGGGGUGUUCCAUUUUGGCAAGGUCACAUCUGGAGAAGCCGGGUCUGGAGAGGCCGGGUCUGGAGAAAUCUGGUCUGGAGAAAUCGGGUCUGGAGAGGUCAGAUCUGAGGCUGAGGACCACACUCACUGCAGGUUGUGUUCUUAUUCAGAGACACAGAAACACGUAUCAAGGCUCCUGAGCCGUUGUGCAUGGAGGAGGUGUGUCAGCAGAACCCAUCAAUGGUGAUUGGCUGUGGAUCUACGCUUUGGAGGAAUUAUUAUGGGAAUGAGACAGCAUAUUAAGGGCACUUUUUGUGAAGACGUGAAGACCAGUAGGAUAAAUUAAUCCCCAAAUGUACAACUGAAUACAUGUUAAAUAGAAUAAUACAUUGUAACUGAUAGAUACUAGUUCCUUUUUCUAUACUAAUCUGGAUUGUAAUUUCGUUGUUCAACAAUUACUGUAACCUUGUCAAAUUACGAAUGUUUUACAAAUAAAAUGAA